AUGAUGACUUGCCCAUUCCAACAAUGGAUCUCAUUUAUUUUCGGCUGCCGUGCCGCCUUCCGGGAUUUUCUCGCCACGAAGACGCUAAACGAACAACGUGGUAUUUGGCCCAACAGGAUCCGUCCGGCCUUGCUUUCCAAACUAGUAUGCAAACUCGUCGUCAGCCAAGAAAGCUUUCUCUGGGCCGCUCUAGGCGUCCCCAAGAACCAGCUCGCCAUGAUUGAAAGCGAAGCUGUCAGUGGCCCUAACCCGACAGAUCGCAAGACCCGCUCUCACGCGAUAUGGAAAUACAUGGUUGACACCUUUGAUCCAGUCGCCGAUCAGACGCAUAUCGGUGCUGACAAUCCCUCCUAUCAGGUCUGCAUGACCGGUGCCUUCACCCGCAGGUGUCACCCGGAUUAUCUCCCUAGGAAGGCGCAUGCCAAGCUCUCCAGCCCAGGUGCUCUAGACGGUCUGCGAAUCCACACAGACGAUGUCAACGAGGUCCUUAAUUACAUAACCCCCGACACUGACCGUCGCCGUUGUCAUGGACAGCAUAGACUGGUUCGACCCGAGCGCCGCAGCCGCAGCCUCUCAGAGUACUAA